GACGCCUAUGUUUCAAGGCGGAAGUGAAGGCCGGGGCCUGGGCCGAGGGGUCGCUUCGAGCGGCGAAAGUGAAACGGCUUGAAAAGCAGAUCAAGUCGUGACAGUCCGGGCGAAGCGCUCCACCUAACAUACGCAAAGGGCUUGUAUUUCGUCGCUGUGCAUCACGGUUCCCAGAAGAAGUCUCGUCUCUUCUUGACCCGGCCUGGCCUGUAGCCGGCUGUUCCAGCCCCGCUGAGCCCAUCUCAGGCCCCAGUUGGAGCGGCCCAGAAUCCACCUUCUCUCCCACAGCAGCCCAGCACAGCUCCCCCAUGGCAGGUCGGGGAGGACCGGCACGGACCAACGGCACGGCAGCGAGCAACAAGAUCUGUCAGUUCAAGCUUGUGCUCCUGGGCGAGUCAGCAGUGGGCAAGUCGAGUCUGGUGCUGCGCUUCGUCAAGGGCCAAUUCCAUGAGUUCCAGGAGAGCACCAUUGGAGCCGCCUUCCUCACACAGACCGUCUGUUUGGACGACACAACGGUAAAGUUUGAGAUCUGGGACACAGCCGGCCAGGAGCGAUAUCACAGCCUGGCACCCAUGUACUACAGGGGAGCCCAGGCCGCCAUCGUGGUCUAUGACAUCACCAACACAGACACAUUUGCACGUGCAAAGAACUGGGUGAAAGAACUCCAGCGACAAGCCAGCCCCAACAUUGUCAUUGCGCUGGCAGGGAACAAGGCCGAUCUGGCAAACAAGAGAACCGUCGACUUCCAGGAAGCCCAAGCGUAUGCAGAUGACAACAGCCUGCUUUUCAUGGAGACUUCAGCCAAGACCGCCAUGAAUGUCAAUGAAAUCUUCAUGGCCAUAGCUAAGAAGCUGCCCAAGAAUGAGCCCCAGAGCGGGACAGGCUCGGGCGGACGCUCCAGGACUGGGGUCAACCUGCAGGAAGCCACGCCACAGAAUCGGAGUGGCCAGUGUUGUAGUGGAGGCAACUAGCCAGCACAGCAGGGCCAGCCGAAAGCUUCUAGCUAACAACGUUUAAAAAAAAAAAAAAAAAAAAAAAGAAAAACACAAACCGACUUUCAGACAAGACUAUCCAAAGCAAAAUCAGCUGGAGGAGAAAAUAAAACAGGAUCCAUUUUUAAAAAUCAUCCACUGAGACAAUUGCUACCUUUUUUCUUCCCUUCUGCAUUUCUAAGAUUCAUAAGCUGUGUGGAGGGAGUGUUCCUCUUCAUCCCAUCAUUUUUUUUCCCUGUUUCCACUGUACAAUACUAAUUGAGUUAUGUCUUAAGUCACUUUUAAAAUCCAUACUUAGUCUCUUCAGGUGGUGGGUACAUGUAGCCUUUCUUACUGUUCUUUUCUUGGUAUCCAAACUACCCUAAACUUUAUCCCUUAGAAAAAAAAUCAGGGAGAUUUUCUGCCUUGAUUUUACUGUUGUGAAAACCAAUGUAAUUAUUAUUUCUAAUGUUCUGGUACAAGAGAAACAUAUGAUUAAAUAGCCUAGAACAUUAGGGUUUCUAAUCAUUAAUGAAAGGGAUCCAAGUAUAUGCAUUGCGUAUUGUCACCAUUACACCAAUGUUUUUUUUUUUUUAGCAUUAAUAGGUUUUUGAAUGUAAAAUUAAUCAAACAUAAUUGCGAUAAGUAUUGAAACAAUGUUGCUGCAUUUGUAUUGUACAUUAUUUUCAUUUGGACAUGUAACCAAUCAGUCCUGUCAGUACAGAACCUUCUCAAUAUGAUACUUCCCUCAUCUGUUUGGUGGGAGAUUGAAGAAAUGCUAAUAUUUCCAUUAGCUGGGAGGUAUUAAUUGAUCAGUGUUUGUCUCACCGAUGAUUUGACCUGAGACAGUAAAGUGUGAAAUGGCAUGAGACCUUUUGGCUGUUGUGAAGGGACCUUGAUGGGGUGGGCUGACAUUCAACAGGCAGUGGUUCACCUGAAUAUGGGUGGAACUUUUACCUGAUAUGAUAUACUGGGGCUGAUGCCUGGGCAGGAGCAAUUGAACCAUUCUGUAAUUUUACGAAUAAAUGUCGGGGGACAUACUAAAUUCUA